AUGGCUUCCUCCGAGCCUGAGCCUGAGCGGCAACAUGCUUCAGAAUCUGUGACCCCGGAGAAACAGAUGGAACAAAUGAAUAUGCAAGACCCGGAAACUGCAAUGGACCAUGCGGUGGUGGGGAAACCGUGGAUGUAUAAGCCCAUGAUGAAAAUUGGCAAUUGGGAGGCUCCCUGGUUCGCGUCGCCCGAAACGCAAUUGAUUCUCGUCUCCUUUGUCUGUUUUCUAUGCCCUGGCAUGUACAACGCGGUGAGCGGCUUAGGAGGUGGUGGUCAAGUCAAUGCGACCGAUGUGAACAAUUCCAACACCGCCCUAUACAGUACCUUCGCCGUUGUUGGCUUCUUUGCCGGUUCCAUUGCCAAUCGCAUUGGUCUGCGUCUGACCCUGUCUCUCGGCGGAUUCGGCUAUUUUCUCUAUGUUGCCGCACUUCUCUCUUAUAACAUCAACCAGAAUGCGGGCUUUCUCAUUUUUGCCGGUGCCCUACUCGGUGUUUGUGCCGGUCUGCUGUGGUGUGCCCAAGGUGCCGUGAUGAUGAGUUAUCCUCAUGAACAUGAGAAGGGCAAGUACAUUGCCAUCUUCUGGGUGAUUUUCAACCUGGGUGGAGUCAUUGGCAGUCUAAUCCCGCUGGGCCAGAACAUGCAUAGUACCGCCGGCAGUGUGAACAACGGCACCUACAUCGCUUUCCUGGUGUUGAUGGCAGUGGGAUUUGCCCUUUGCUGGACCAUCGCCGACUCCAAGUAUAUCAAGCGCAAGGACGGUUCACGUAUCAUUGUGAUCAAGAACCCCACGUGGAAGUCCGAGUUCCUGGGUCUUUGGGAGACUUUACGCACCGACUUUUACAUCGUUCUCAUGUUCCCCAUGUUUUUUGCUAGUAAUUGGUUCUACGGCUACCAAUUCAAUUCGGUCAAUCUCGCCUACUUCACCGUUCGCACUCGGGCUCUAAACAGUCUCCUGUACUGGCUGAUGCAGAUGGUCGGUGCCUUUGUUUUUGGCCAGCUUCUGGAUAUGAAAUUUCUUUCUCGCCCGACCCGCGCCAAGGUCAAUUUUGGAAUCCUUCUCGCUAUCACCAUGGGCAUCUGGGGCGGUGGUUAUGCCUUCCAGAAACAAUACACCCGAGAGACCGUCAAGGCCGACAUGGAUUUCAUGGAUAGCGGCUAUGUUGGACCCAUGUUCUUGUACAUGUUCUACGGCUUCUAUGAUGCGGCAUUCCAGACCUGCACCUAUUGGUACAUGGGCUCUCUUUCCAACAACAGUCGCAAAUUGGCCAACUUCGCUGGCUUCUACAAGGGGAUCCAGUCUGCCGGUGCAGCUGGAAUGUGGCGACUGGAUGCCCAAAAGACUCCUUUCAUGGCCGAGUUCGCCUCUUGCUGGGGUCUGCUUGUCGGCAGUAUGUUGAUUGCUUCGCCUAUCAUCUUCUUCAAGGUGAAGGAUAGCACGGCCAUUGAGGAUGACUUACGCUUUUCGGACGAAACCACUGCCGACGUUCUGGGAGAUACCACCAUUCAGAUGGAUGACUAUGAGAAGCCCGAGUCUCAUGAGGAUACCCCCGGGAAGUCUUAA